AUGGUACUGGUGGCUGCCAGCCCACCACCAUGGUACUGGUGGCUACCAGCCCACCACCAUGGUACUGGUGGCUACCAGCCCACCACCAUGGUACUGGUGGCUACCAGCCCACCACCAUGGUACUGGUGGCUACCAGCCCACCACCAUGGUACUGGUGGCUACCAGCCCACCACCAUGGUACUGGUGGCUACCAGCCCACCACCAUGGUACAGGUGGCUACCAGCCCACCACCAUGGUACUGGUGGCUACCAGCCCACCACCAUGGUACUGGUGGUUACCAGCCCACCACUGUGGUACUGGUGGCUACCAGCCCACCACCAUGGUACUGGUGGCUACCAGCCCACCACCAUGGUACUGGUGGCUACCAGCCCACCACCAUGGUACUGGUGGCUACCAGCCCACCACCAUGGUACUGGUGGCUACCAGCCCACCACCAUGGUACUGGUGGCUACCAGCCCACCACCAUGGUACUGGUGGUUACCAGCCCACCACCAUGGUACUGGUGGCUACCGGUACUCUGACAUUGACAUCAAAAGCCAUUCUAAACUGAUAGGCGAUUCAGACUGCGAGCUACGGUGUCCAACAGCCUAA